AUGAGCUUGUUUGCCAUGAGCGUUAUUUACUGGCUGGAUGAGACGCAUCGCUGGUCCAGUGUCACCAGUGUAAGCGGCAGUGUGAACGCGCAGCGAAAGCAGAAAGACAAACAAGCACGCGGAAGAAGGACAGGCAACAAACCAUCAGACAAGAUGUCUUUCGUUGACGAUCCAGAGCUAGACAACUUCGACGACGUCCCCAUUCCUCACAUUGGGACGGAUCUGUUCGAGAACCUAGACGGCAGUGACCACGAGCAUUCAGACACUGGCCCAGUCGUCCCCGAGAUCCUGCAAGGCGAGGAAGCUGAGAGCGAUACGGAGCUGCCCAAGUCCGCCUCAAACAACGACACAUCGGCUGAGGACAACAGCGCGGGCGAAGACCAAGAGAACGACGAGGACGAAGAGAACGAUGAGGAAGACAUACCCAGCACUGCCAUGGUGGUGAAGGCGCCUGCCGCCCCAGCGCCUGCAAAGAAGCGCGGCAGACCUGCGACCGCCGCGUCGCGCUCUGCGACUCCCAAAAAGACUCACAAGGGUGGCCCCGUUGCCGCUGGUCGCAAGCGCAAGGCUGAUGCCGCCUCUGCAGACGAGCCUGUUGUCAAACGCAACAGUCGCGGUCGCGCUACUGCCGCCGCCGCUUCUGACGCCAUCAAGCUGGCUUCGGCCAAACGACCACGCGCUGCCCCCGGCACUGCUAAGGCUGCCCCAAAGGCUACCGGCGCCAAGCGAGGACCCAAACCAGGCUCCAGGACCAAGAAGUUUGAGUCGGCGCGCAAGGAGGAGAAGGAGAAGCCCGGACCGAAGAAGAGCGCCCCGGCCAAGAAAGGUGCCGCUCCCAAGGAGAGCUCUAAGAAGGCAGCCGCUCCUACAAAAUCUGGUCGUGGCCCAGGCCGACCUAGAAAGAGCUAG